ACUACAACAAACUGAUCCGCCCCGCGACUAACGGCACUGAGCUGGUCACCGUGCAGCUGAUGGUGUCGUUGGCUCAGCUCAUCAGCGUGCAUGAAAGAGAGCAGGUGAUGACCACCAACGUCUGGCUAACGCAGGAGUGGCAGGACUAUCGUCUGACUUGGGUCCCUGAGGAGUUCGAUGGGAUGCUGAAGGUCAGGCUGCCCUCAAAACACAUCUGGCUGCCUGACGUGGUGCUCUACAACAAUGCUGAUGGGGUGUACGAGGUGUCAUUCUACUCCAACGCGGUGGUCUCCCACGACGGCAGUAUCUUCUGGUUGCCCCCGGCCAUCUACAAGUCCGCCUGCAAGAUCGAGGUCAAGCACUUCCCCUUCGACCAGCAGAACUGCACGCUGCGCUUCCGCUCCUGGACCUAUGACCGCACAGAGAUCGAUCUGGUUCUCCGUGCCGACGUGGCCAGCAUGGACGACUUCACGCCCAGCGGCGAGUGGGACAUCAUCGCCCUGCCGGGCCGACGGAACGAGAACCCGGCUGACCCCACCUACGUGGACAUCACGUACGACUUCAUCAUUCGCCGGAAGCCACUUUUUUACACCAUCAACCUCAUCAUCCCGUGUGUGCUCAUCACCUCGCUGGCAAUCCUGGUCUUCUACCUGCCCUCCGACUGCGGAGAGAAGAUGACGCUCUGCAUCUCCGUGCUGCUGGCCCUCACCGUGUUCCUGCUGCUGAUCUCAAAGAUCGUGCCCCCCACGUCACUCGACGUCCCCCUCGUGGGGAAGUACCUGAUGUUCACCAUGGUCCUCGUCACGUUUUCCAUCGUCACCAGUGUGUGUGUGCUCAACGUGCACCACCGCUCGCCGACCACACACACCAUGCCCCCCUGGGUUAAACUGGUGUUCCUCAACAAGCUUCCUGCCUUGCUCUGCAUGCGCCAGCCCAGGAACAGCUGCGAGCGCCAGCGGCUGCGCCAGAGAAGGAGGGCCCAGGAGCGGAAGGAGGGUGGGCGGGUGUUCAGCAAGGAGGACAAUGACCCCUGUACCUGCUAUGUGAACCGGGCGUCUGUGAAACAGUUCGGAGGGGAUCUGCCAGCAGCAGGGGGUCCUGCUUUGACUCAGGCUCUGCUGGCUCAAGCCUGUCCGGGUUUUGAUGAGGCUGUGGAAGGAGUUCGCUUCAUCGCCAAUCACAUGAAGAGUGAGGACGAUGAUCAGAGUGUGAGCGAGGACUGGAAGUACAUUGCCAUGGUGAUCGACCGGCUCUUCCUGUGGAUCUUUGUGUUUGUGUGCGUGUCCGGCACACUGGGCAUGUUCAUGCAGCCGCUUUUCCAGAAUUACACAGUCAAGACCAUCACCAGCUCGCCAGGCUGACCACUCCCAGGCCGAGAACACGCUGACCUGACGGCUCCAUGGACCAAUCAGCACAGCAGGACAAGGGCCAGGACAGGGGAGGCGGGUCUGGGCUUUAUUGUGUCUAUUGAAGUGGAAGCGAGAGCUGCAACUGAACAGCGAUCACGCCCAUUACCUUUAUAGUAAUGUUUUUGCAACGAAGAAACUGUUUUUCUUGGAUGAAGAAAAAGGAAAACAGCAUCAUACUUUUACCUGCAGUUUGUUGUCCAGAUGUUUAAUGGACUGACCUCCCCUUUCUGCUGGAAAGGUCCCUCCCUGCUCCCCUCUUCAGCCAGUCAGGGAGCGAGGAUGCUCUGAUUUACUCCUUGUUGCACUUUUACGCCAGCCUAUCAACACUCUCCGCUCGACGCUGACUUCUCAAUUGACACCUGACAUGCCCGCCUUCAACUAUGACCUUACUCCUCCUCGGUGUUGACUGAUGACAGAGGGAGCUAAUCUAAAAGGAAGGGAGGUUCCUAUCAAGGUUCUUAUACAUUUAUUUUAUUUUUCCUGAAACCCACUAUGUCAGUGAGCUAAUUCAGUAUAUUUUAUCAUAGCAUAGCGGCUUACCACAGUAAAGCAUUAUGAAUAUAUUAUUAAGAUUUCUCUAUGUGUUCGCUCAUGCAAGGGUCUGUUGCUGAUAGAGAGGCUACGGUGUGUUGUAUGAUUGUAUAGAUGAAACAAGAAUGUGAUAUAAACCGUACUACACAACCUGUGAUGCGCACACUAACACAAUAUGUGUACAAGUCACAGAUUGUGAAGGAUAAUACAUGGAGGAGACUUGAAUUAUUCGACUUGCAUUGGGUUGCAUUAUUCGAAGAAAGGGAUGAAGUAAGAUAUGCAUGAAGGGGGUUAUGCUCAGAGUUGUGCAUACUAAAUAAAGGACAGUAGCAGCCGGCUGUGCCAGAGUGCACAGCUGCAGUGAGAUGAGUUUGGCUCCAGAAACACCGGAAUCUGAGCCAAGAUGGUGGAUGAGAACUCCUAAAUGAUGGACAGUGGAAGAUGAAUUCCCUCAGAUCCAGUAUCUACUGAAGAGUAAAGAUCAGUAUUAGAAAAAGUAAAUGUAAAAUCUAAAUAUAUUGAUGGAGGAAAGGGAAUUAUAUCAUGGACAUUAAGCUAUUAUUUGUAUUAUUCUGUAAUUUUAUAUUUCAGUUUGUAAUCUUCAGAGCAUACAUGUAUGUGUAUGCGUAUGCGUGCCCCGCAACCAGAUGCAUUAUUACAUCCGUCAGAUACCGUGUUCAGAAGAACAAGCCAUCUGUGUGUCUUCCCCUCCCUUCUGUUAAUUUCUGGAAACCUCUCUCUGGUUCUCUCUCCUUUAUCUGGUCUUCCACUGACAAACACAUUUCUGACAUUUAGUCCAAUUACAAUAACGAUUACCCACAUUCUCUAACGACCUUUUCACUAUGACACUUUUCCUUUUAAUCAAGGACUGGCUGAUUUGUCUUAUUUUUAUAAUCUUCCCAGGUUCCCUGACAACCAGGACGCAAGAGGGCUUUUCAGGCAUGCAGGGAGUGUAUGUGUGUGUGUGUGUCGGGGGGGGUUACAUUUUCAAAAAAUAAGAGAGAAAUGACAAGAGGGCCUAUGCUGAAGCAGUCGCACCAGGCAACAAGUUAACGAAAGGUUAUAUAGUACAAAUGCUUUUGACUUUAUAGUGAGGUUGCAUACUGGGGAAAAAAGGAUAAUCUGACCACAGCAAGCACAAUCCAGAUAGAGAGGAGGAAUAAAGCAGGAUAGGAAAAAGACUGUUCAUGUUGUUAUUCCAUAGGAAAGCCACUAUAAACUGCUGUCUAAUCCUCAGUCACUGUCACUGUUUUUUACGGUUUUGAGGCUGCAGUCUGCAGCUCCGAUCCGCUCUGGACUGGGAGCAGUCUGUCUCCAUCGUUCUGUCUCUAGAGGAUGGGGUUACCCGGGGUGAUCCCCAACAAGUGUGAAAAGCCUGUCAGAGACCUGUGAAACAUGUAGCCUGCACUGCUCCACACGGACAAAGUGCUGCUGUCCACUCUUUCGCUCUCUCUCUUUGACCUUUCCACUCUACUUCCUUUCUUUUCACUUCCUCUCUCAUCAUGCUCCCCCAUCUCUCCCCCUUCUCCUUCCUGACUCUCAAAUCUGCUCCUGUGUACACCUAACCAGUCCAAUAAAGGUUGUAGGUUCAGAUGACUCGAGGGAUGUGUCUGUGUGCCAUGUUUUUACUCUCAUACUUCCCUCACCCUAACCUUCCCCCCGACAUUAAACAUUAAAGUCCUCAA